GCGCAGGCGUGUUAUGGCCGAGCUGGCUGGCUGUGUAGAAAAUAGCGUUAAAGCUGACGCGCUGUACAAUAUGCCCACAUAUUCACGUAGACAUGGCGAACUGUGCUUUAGGCUUCCGUUUAGCUCUGCGCUUGUCGACCGUUUUAUGGUCUAUAAAAAGCAUUCUCGUUCUGUUACUUUUCAGCCGUACUCAGGCCACUCGGCUGUACUCCAGCGAGGACCCCUUGACAAUACUGACCAGCCACACACUGAAAGAAACCUUGCACAACUCUUCGUCUGCCUGGCUGGUCCAGUUUUAUUCGUCGUGGUGUGGUCACUGUAUUCAGUACUCGCCGACAUGGAAAGCGCUGGCCGGGGAUGUGAAAGAUUGGGAGCAGGCCAUACGCAUCGGGGUGCUGGACUGCGCUCACGAGAAGAACUUUGACAUCUGCAGGGAGUUUGGAAUUCACUUCUACCCCACGUUCCGGUACUUCAAAGCACUCAGCAGCACCUUUGAUGUGGGCAAAACAUACAGAGGGCCUGACCGGGAGUUGCAGACGGUGCGCCAGCUGAUGGUGAACUUCCUCCAGAACCACACCAGAGAGGACUGGCCUGUAGGGUGCCCCCCACUGGAGCCCACCAGGUCUGAAAACAUCCUGUCCCUGCUGGGCCAGAAGUCAGAGCUGUACACUGCAAUCAUCAUCGAGGAUGAGGACUCGUACGUGGGCCGAGAGGUGAUUUUGGACUUGAUGGUGUACGAAGGGCUGAGGGUGACCAGGGUGCUGAGUUCAGACAGAGCGUUCCUGGAAAACCUGGGGGUCAAGGCCCUACCUUCUGUCUACCUGCUCCACCCCAAUGGAAGCCACUCCCUCGUGGAUGUGCAGAAACGUUUGCGUUUUUUCUUCUCUUCAUACCUGAAGCUGCUUCCUGCGGUGCACAGGAAACAGGCCAAGUCUGCCCAUGACCUGGUGCAUGCUGGGCCCGGGGUAGCUGAGGUGUGGAAGGAGUUUGACAAGUCUAAGGUGUACAUGGCAGACCUGGAAUCCGGGUUGCAUUACCUGCUACGUGUGGAGCUGGCCAGCCACCAGACCCUAGAGGGAGAGGAGCUCAAGACCUUCAAGGAUUUUGUUACAGUUGUUGCCAAGCUGUUUCCAGGCCGACCAUCUGUGGUGAAGCUGUUAGAGACCCUGCUGGAGUGGCUGGUCAGUUUGCCUCUGGAGAGAAUUCCCUACAAUGCUAUCCUGGACCUUGUCAACAACAAGAUGAGGAUCUCGGGGCUGUUCCUGAGCGACCGGCUCCAGUGGGUGGGGUGCCAGGGCAGUCUUCCUGAGUUGAGGGGGUACCCCUGCUCUCUGUGGACCUUGUUCCACACGCUCACCGUGCAGGCAGCGCAGCGGCCCGACGCCCUGGCCAACACUGGCCUAGAGGAGGACCCCCUGGCGGUGCUGCAGACCAUGCGGCGGUACAUCGGCAUGUUUUUCGGCUGCCAGGAGUGCGGACAGAACUUUGAAGAGAUGGCGAAGGAGUCCCUGUCUCAGGUGCAGUCCCUGGACCAGGCUGUGCUCUGGCUCUGGAGGAAGCACAACCAGGUCAACAGCAGGCUGGCAGGUACACUGAGCGAGGACCCCCGCUUUCCAAAGGCACAGUGGCCGACCCCCGACCUGUGCCCGGCGUGUCAUGAGGAGAGGGAUGGCCUGCAUGUGUGGAAUGAGGAGAAUGUGCUGUCCUUCCUCAAACAGCACUACACUGGAGCCAACAUCUCCCCAAAAUACGCCAGCAGCACCGUCCCGGAGACGGGGGGCGCUGCUGAGCCCGCCUCCCAGGGCGACCGGGGCCCACCCCCCGCCAGAAACCGUGACCGAACCCUCCCGGGCAACGCCCUCUCCUCGAACGCACUGCCCUCCCGGGAGAAGCAGCAGUGGGUCCAGGGGAGGGCGGGGGAGAUAGGUGGGGGCGGCGGGGCCGAGGCACGGCCAGGCGUCACCUUCCUGGGCCUGGGCUUCUCCAGCGUGGACAUGAGCCUGUGUGUGCUCCUCUACGCCUCCUCCUGCCUCUUCCUCAUGCUCAUGUUCUUCUUCUUCCGCAUGCGCUCCAAGCGCUGGAAGGUACGGCACAGCCGCCCAUACGUAUAGCAGGCUGGCGACACCCAGUGCCCCGGAGGACAGUUCUCAGACUGAAUCUCUUCCAUUCUGAAGAAGCCCCUGGCUUUUGGUCUCGUUCCUUUGUCCUUUAGUGCUACGAUUUGAGGUGCGUUAGAAUAUGAAGUGACCACCCCCCCCAGCCCUGCUCACGAGCUAGGGGCAGUCACCAUACAGCGGCCAGGGGGUGGGGGGGUUCCUGACAUGUGCGCAAGCUGUAAAAUGUCUUGCCCAGCUGUGACAUCAGGAAUGCUUGUGUUAUGUGACUGCGGUGUUGUGGACCGAAAGCUGUAGGGCACGGAUCAAGCAGUCAAACGGGGGGCCAGAAGAGGGACCAGCUGACUGGACUUUUGGCGGGAGCCUGACCUAAAGCGAGGACAUUACAUGACUGCAACAGGACUGCAGUGUGUUCUGUUUGUUUUGUACAUUUUACUGUGAAAGUGAAGCCGUAUUGGUCGCAAACGCAGAUGCCCCUCCCGGGCUCUUUUUCUGGUGGCUUUCGUGCAUUCAGUGGUGAUUUAGCUCAGUCAAUUUAAUCUAUUUUAUGUACAACCAUGAAGUCAGAACCAAGUGCACUGCCACACCAGCCUCCUCUUUUAAUAGGUUAAAUGACUUACUUCCAUUUCACCGAUCCAAAGCUCAGUCACCAAUGUUUGCGACACGUCGCUCGUUUGCGUAUCUAUAUGGCAGCUUUUACUGUGAUUUUUUAACUAUCCUGAAGCCUGAAGAAAAUUCUGAAAGUUGGUAUUUAAGACGGUGAAGAAUAUCAGGUGCUCCAAGGAACUUCAGAGAAAGCCUGACCAUUGGAUUUAACAUUACCAUUUUGCCAGUGUGAUACUGUUCAAAUUCUAGUAAAGUGGACUGUUUUAGAGGAAAUCACCGUGUUAUUGAUAAUUCUCUUGUGAGUUCUUCACUUAAGAUGAGGAUAUAAAAUUGCUUUGUAUUUUUAUACGCUUGAAAAUGCACAUUUUGGGGAAAUGUUUAAAUGGAUUGUGCUGUAGAGCUUUGGCUUACACAUGUUUGUAAAAAUUAAGUCUACUGUAAUUGUAAUUUCUGCAGUUUGCUGGUUUAUGAGUUUUUUUUCUCCUCCGCUUGGGCCUGUUGAGUGUCAGGCAGCUGAAUUGACUACAUGAAUAUGGAUAUUUUCUUAACUAUUCAUCUUUUAGUGCCCUAUACAGUUCAGGCAAAUUUGCCAUUUUAUUUUUCUAGUGAUUUAAUGCAUUUUAUUUUAUCAGUUUUUUUCUGAUUUGUUUCCUCUUGGGGUAGACACAAAUGACAGAAUGAUCACUCACUUAGGGAAAAACUGAGUCCAUUGAAAUCUGCCAGACUGAGCCUUGUACAUCUCAGAUCUCUUGUGGAUGUAGUUUCCUCCAGAUUCUGAUCUUUCUAGUUCUCCAGGUGUCAACUACAGGCUGGUUUUUCUAUCGAAGCCUGCCUACAUUAAAUAUCACACACACAGAAACGAAGAUGUUGGCUGUUUUUUGUAAAGUUUUAUCAAGAUCCUUCUUGGGAUGGAUUGAUUAUUGGCUAUUAUUAGGAUUGUACCGAUUAAUGUAUUAAUAGGUCUGAUCAAUCAACUAAUGCUUUUUAAUUGGCAGCUAAUUUCAGAUAAAAAAUGAAUUGUUCUUUAUUGUUAAAUUUUAACUUUUUAUGCAGUUACUGUUACCCGGGCAAAAGGAGGCAGCAUAAAAUCAUAACCAGUCAGGUCAUUAAAUCUGCUAGCAUCAUUGGCGAUACCAACCUCUUGAGGAUUUACAUAGACAUUUUGGUUCCAAGUUAGAUGCAGAGGGGACAGAGGGGUCCAUAAAAAAACAAAAAUUCACUGUCUGCAUUGUAAACAGCUUCUCAGGGUAAUUUGACUCUUUUACAAUAUCACCUGCAAACAAAGCAUCCUUGCUGCAAACUGAGAGCCUGAGUUGUCAUAAAUAAAAUGGCAAUGGGGAAACAUCCAAUGGCCUAUCCGACUCGACUGCUGGCAUGUAGUGUACAGCAAAUGAUUGUCAAUGAAAUGGUUGUCAAGUCAUCAACAGCACACUGGAUCAAAAAAAAAAAAUCACUUACCGACUGAAAUCACUUGCAAACUCACUGGUAGUUUGAAUGGCAAGUGAUCCAACAGCUAGCACUGCAUUCCGAGGAAUAUUUAUUCAUUAAUAAACAGGUUUAAAGUGUCCUGAAUAAUGUACUGAUGAAUUAAUUCAGCUAAUGAGGAAACAAUUACCAACAACUUUUUAUAGGGUAGCAGCCUUAGUUAUUAAACAAAGAUGUAUGGUAAUCUGUUUAAAAUGCAGGGGUUGAAUAAUGUGACUAACCAUUCCAACAACGGAUUUAAAUUAAAAUGUAUCUAUUUUUGAAUUCAGUCACUUUCACAGUUUUUAGCAAACCCACUCCCAAAUGUUCUUCGCGAUUGUACUUCAUCUAAGGUCAGAUACUUGAAGCAGGCAGAGGCUUAUGCAUCUCAUAACCUUCUCAGUAUAUGAGACUAUUUAAAGUUUUGUUUUUAAUUAUUUUGGAUUGAACGCAACAGAUGGUUUAACAUAGCAAAACGGGCUUAUGUAAAAAAAAAAAAAAAAAAGAUUUUUGAAACAUUUUAAAAUGGGUUAUUGUGAUUUCAGAAUGUUUCAUGUGAAUUAUUUGUUCAGAUCAGUCGGUAUGUCCUGUAUUUGUAUAUGGAUUUGAGGCAUGUGACAUUUGGAACAAUGUUAACUGAAUUAUUAUUAAUAUAUGGAGCAGGCCAACAUCUCAUGUGGGAACUGUGUUUGGAACUGAGUAGCACAGGUGGUGGAGGAGGAGGUGUGUGCUGGUCACACUCAAAUGGCCUUUUUCCAGCUGCUGAGUCAUUGCUUUAAAUCACAUCUGUUGUAUCUUUGUGUAAAUUUUACCUACUCAAGAAUGCUAUGUUAGCAUUGUGUUUGUGUAAAUUUCUUACUUAUUUUUGACAAAUGUUUGCCUUUUUUUCUUUUAAAAUGAUGUGUGAUUGCUGCAAUUUGUCUUGAAAAUUAAAUACGGAAAUGUGUCAAUUCA